AUCGGGUUUAGUCCCUUCCCGGACGCCGUAGAAGAGGAAGUGUUUUUGGUUUUGAAGGAAAAAACCGCGUAUAUAUACGGCUUGCUAACCACUGGUAUUAUAUCUUUCAUUGUUUUUAUUCGUUCGUCCAAGAAAGAUGACUUGCAGUAGAGGAGCUUUAAUUGUGUUGGAAGGUGUAGACAGAGCUGGGAAAACCACACAAUGUUUGAAACUCGUGCAGGCGCUACAGCAGAGUGGACGAGAAGCAGAAAUGAUGCGAUUUCCCGACAGAACCACAGUAAUUGGUCAACUCAUCAGUUCAUACUUGAUGAAGAAAAGUAAUCUGGAGGAUCACACUGUUCAUCUGCUCUUUUCAGCAAACCGCUGGGAAAUGGUACCUCUGAUGAAACAGAAGUUGGAACAGGGAAUUAAUCUAGUGGUGGACCGUUAUGCAUUUUCAGGAGUGGCUUUCACUAGUGCCAAGCCUGGCUUCUCUUUGGAGUGGUGCAAGAAUCCAGAUGUGGGACUACCAAAGCCAGACCUGGUAAUGUUUCUUCAGCUAAAUCCCAGCGUGGCAGAAAACCGUGGAGAAUUUGGAACUGAACGUUAUGAAACAAGCUUUUUCCAAUGCACAGUUCAUCGAAGGUUUGAAGAGCUCAUGGAAGAUAAAUCAGUCAACUGGAGGGUAAUUGAUGCAGCAAGGUCCAUUGAAGAGGUGCACAAAGAUAUUAAGCUUUUGAGUGAGAAUAUAAUCAAUUUCUCAGAGAAUCAGCCAAUUGGAAUGCUGUGGAGUUAA